ACAGCGGAUUUAAAUAUCUCAUGAUUUGAGCACAAAAUAUUCACUUGUAAUGGAGAAGUCAACAUUUUUGGAACGGAACGGUCUUUUGUUCAAAAGAUUUGUAGGUCCAAUGAUAAUACCCUAAAAUCUGUUUGUCUCCAAUCGCAUAUUACACGACAGAUACGUCCGGCACGGGCAAACCAACUACCGUACUUUUGCCGGUAAGUGACUAUCGAGGAAGACCCGGCUUGCUUCCUGUCCGAUAUCACACUAUAUGCACUUAUUUUAAUUAUUUGAAGUUGCAAUUAUGUCAUCCGAUAUGAAGAAACUAUUCGAAAUUGACGUCAAGGUGUUAGAAUGCGGCAUCUGUCUUCGAAGACUUCGAGAUCCCAGAACGCUGGAUUGUCUUCACUCCUUCUGCCUGACUUGUUUGAAGAAGCUAAUGUCCACUAUGGAAGGUAAACUUUGUUGUUCAAUAUGUCGUAAAUCCUACAAAAUGCCAAUAGGAGGUUUGGAAAAACUUGAAGUUAAUCACUUCAUCUCAAGAAUGCUAGAGUUCACCGAUGACUCUACCCAGACGAAAGCUCCCACAUGUAUUGGUUGUAGUAAAGAAGCGAGCCACCUUUGCUCUGAAUGUUCUGACUUCCUUUGUAUAGUCUGCGCCGGUCUACAUGGCAAGCUCUCCGUUAGCAAGUUUCACCGACUCAUGACUCUCGCUGAAUAUAAUAAAUUGGAUGAAAGAGAAAAACUGUCAGCAAGAUCCAUGAAAUGUCCAAUUCAUGAAGAAACACAUCUGACUGUUUAUUGCCUGACAUGUAAGAUACCGAUAUGCGCAAAGUGUUGUGUAACCACGCAUAAAGUACCGGAUCAUGACGUCAGACCGAUAUUACAAAUUUUCAAAGAUUACCAGCUCUCGGCGUCCAAACUCAUACAGAAGACUCUGGUGGUGGAAGAAAAACUUGAGGAAGCAAUCGAUGACAUUACAAAUAUACAAGAACACCUGAGGAAAUCAACAGAGGGGUGUGAACGAGAGAUAAAUCAAUACUUUGAGGAGAUUAAGUCCAUUAUUGAGGUGGAGCACGAAAACGUCCUUGAAGAAUUAAAUGCUUUGAGUACAGAGAAAAGUAUGAGAUCAGAGGCACAUCUUGAACAGCUUCGACUGGCUUCAAGUAAUCUUAUCACGUUGCGUCGGUUGAAUUGCAGUUUGGUGAGCAGCGGAAGCCCAAGCAUUGCUCUCUUUGCAACUCAUAAAUCUUACCAUCGUAUGUCAUCGCUUCUUCGCAAUUUGCCAAGCCUUGAGCCUGAAGACGACGGCAUACUUUCGUUUAUGCCACGUGAAGGUUUUCUUUCUCGUCUCGAGACAAUUGAACUCGGAGAAGUUCAGGAAUAUAAGUCAAUUGACCCAUUGCAAUGUUCUUUAAGUGUUGGAGAUGAAGGAAUCCAGGUUAUCAGAGGACAAAAGUUUGACCUGACGCUAAAAACCAAGGACUCUAACGGACAGCGACAAGCUCAUACAAAAGGAGAAAUUGUUGCUAUUUUAGUAGAUCAAUCUGGAAAAGAGUUUGUCACUGAACUAACAAACCAACGGGAUGGUUCCUACAAGAUUGCUGGGGUGUGUGACUUUGUUGGAAAAUGCCGUCUGCACAUAACAGUCUACGACCGCCACGUAAAGGGCUCUCCCGUAAUAGUCAAAGUCGUAGAUAGAGGCCUAGAGCGUACAAUACUGACUAAACAUUUGUGGAAAUCGGCUACGUACAGCGUACAUGAUAUAUGUUUCACGAAUGAUGGUCUCCUCCUAGCUUGCAAUAACACGAGUGAGAUCCUGAAGCUUGAUUAUCGUAGCGGUAAGCUAGUUGGUAAUGUUGAUAUUGGAGGUAACAGAAAAAUACGUGGGAUAUGCUUCUCUGUGAGAUCGAGGAUAAUAAUGACAGACAACCUAUACAGAGAGGUGGUUAUUUGCAAAACUGAUGGUAGCUACGUGCGACGUUUUGGUCGAGGAUCACUAAAAGAUCCACUGGGUGUAGCUGAGUGCGAGAGUAAUCGGAACGUGUUUGUUGCCGAUCAAGGCGGCCCAUGCAUUGUACAAUUUGUGAAGGACGGUAGCAUCGUAAGACGAAUUUCAAGAGGCCUAGCCAGCAUUGGUGAUAUGAGGUGUCCCAUGUUUCUCUCAGUCUUUAAUAAAGGGGGCAUUGUAGCGUCAGAUUCCGAAAGUAAUUGUGUUCAGGCAUUCACAAACGAAGGACGUUACCUUCGCAUAUUAGGCCAAGGUAGAGGACGCAGGGAUGGCCAGAUAGAGUACCCGACUGGAGUAGUGGUUGAUAACGAGGAUGACGUAAUCAUAGCAAGUUAUCACAAAAUUCAAAUUUUUCGAAAUGAUAGAUUCAUUAAACGAAUUGAUAAAGAACUCGAUGGUGUGAAUUAUCCAUAUGGAUUGGCUGUUCACGCUAGACACGUUGCGGUCGCUAACUAUGGCGAUAACUCAAUAAAGAUUUUUACAUACUAGAAAUAUGUUAUGACAGUUAAUUGACUUAUAACAUGAAGCUCGAUUUAUUUAUUAGGUCAUUAUUGCGUAACGUUGUUUACUUUCUUCCAAAUAUAUAAUCAGGACAUUAAAUGCGUUCAUUAAAAAAAACCCUGCAUGCACAAAAUUGUUAGUACGUUUACGUACACCACUCAUCAGAUGCGAGAUUAAUUCAUAAUGCACGGCAUAAUGGCUUCCCCUCCAAACUCUUUAAAGUUAGGAUUAUAAAAACUUAUUAUUAUUUAUUUGUUUUAACAAUUUUGUUCUUUCGUUUAUUUUACAUUUCGAAGAUUAUGAUUUUUAGUGCAUAGAUACUGACUUUUAUCAUCAUAUAAUUAUUACCAGGGAACAGUUACAUUGAACUGUUCCCUGAUCAUUACCAAGGUUUAUUAAUUUGAAGGGCCAUUAUAUUACCAUAACUGUUAUUACUCAAAUUAUUAUGUAGCAUCCUCUUCAUCUAUUAUAACUCCGAUUGGCUGAGCAUUGGGACGUGUCUUAUCGACUUUGCAACGCAGCAUUAGUUUUACAUGAUUCGAACCAAGAAUUCUAAAAUUUAAAUUCAUAUUUUAGCUACAAAGCUACAGUUUCGUUAUAAUAUUCAAAACACAUAAGUUUGUUAUAAUUAAGUUGCUGCCAUUUAAGGAUAGCCGAACCAAUAGGCAUGCAUAUCUACUUUCAUUGAUUUUAUAUCAUUUUACUUCGAUUCAGUUGUUGACGCUUUAUAUGUGUUUGAAUUAUUAUUAUAUAAGCCUACACUAGGUAUGAUUUAAUCUAGUUUUGUUCAAUAUUAUACAUUUGAAAUUGCACCAGGACAUUAAAAAAGGAAAAAAUUGGUUUUACUAUU